AUGGCGAUGAUGGCUAGCGGAGCAUCUGGGCAGCCAGAUCUGUUCGACGAUGACAACGCUGUAUUAGACGAUGACUUUCUCAAUGACGAAGUCGAGCCAGAUGAGCCAUCGACGUCCGACAGAGCGCCUCUGACAGGCAACAUCCAAUCCUCCUCGUCGCAGAGACCACUCAAUCAGGACUACCUCACAUCGCGAAUACCAGGAGAAGACAGGAGAGCACCGCAAAAUACCAUUGACGAGUCAGUAUGGGACACCGUGUCGCGAGACUUGUUCGCUGUAUGGGAGAAGCUGCGACAGGUGCUGUGGCCCAAGUAUCUCCUUGGCGGCAUGCUGCAGCGACAAGGUGCUGGAGGCGACGUUGAGAGUCAGGGCUUCGGACGAGAUCUAAGAGGGCUCGUUGGAAGGUGGCCGGACGCUGAUGGCAUCUUGGAGGGCGGAUUGAGUGAGGGUCUGCGGGAUUGGGAUCUGUGGUACGUCUUCAAUUCACGCUUCUCGCAGAAUCCUCAGACUGAUGAUGCUAGGGGACCACUGAUCUUCUGCUUACUACUAAGCAUGUUCCUGGCAAUGAGGGCGAGCGCAGACCAGGCCGAUCUGGUCUUCUCUGGUGUGUUCUCAAUCGUCUGGAUUGGCGAGGCUGUGGUCACGCUACAGAUCAAGCUACUGGGAGGCAGCAUAUCUUUCAUGCAAUCAGUCUCUAUCAUCGGCUACACGCUCUUCCCCCUGGUCAUCGCUGCAAUGCUCUCGGCAAUUGGACUACCUAUGAUCGUCCGUAUACCAGUCUAUAUCGUUCUUGUGGCCUGGUCGUUGGCAGCUGGUGUGAGUAUUCUUGGAGGAUCAGGUGUGGUCAAGAAUCGGGUCUUCUUGAGUGUAUACCCCUUGUUCGUCUUCUAUAUAGGCCUCGGAUGCCUCUGUUUUAUUAGCUAG